CGCGGGGAGGUGGGGCCCCCGCGCUUUCUGUCGGGGUGGGCGAGCGGCGGACAUGGCGCCCUCCCGGAGUCCCGUGCUGGCCGUCGUGACGGUCCUGGUGUUGUGGCUUUGUGGCGCUCCCUGCACCUCCGCGCGGCGGAGCGACGUGCGCGUCAUUACCGACGAGAACUGGAGAGAAUUGCUGGAGGGAGAAUGGAUGAUAGAAUUCUAUGCUCCAUGGUGUCCUGCUUGUCAAAAUCUUCAACCAGAAUGGGAGAGUUUCGCGGAAUGGGGAGAGGAUCUUGAAGUGAAUGUUGGAAAAGUAGAUGUCACGGAGCAGACAGGACUGAGUGGACGGUUUAUCAUAACAGCUCUUCCGACCAUUUAUCAUUGCAAAGAUGGUGAAUUUAGGCGCUAUCAGGGUCCAAGGACGAAGAAGGACUUCAUAAACUUCAUAAGUGACAAAGAGUGGAAGAGUAUUGAGCCUGUUUCAUCAUGGUUUGGUCCUGGUUCUGUUCUGAUGAGUAGUAUGUCAGCACUCUUUCAGCUAUCUAUGUACAUCAGGACUUGUCAUAACUAUUUCAUUGAUGACCUUGGAUUACCUGUUUGGGGAUCAUACACAGUUUUUGCCGUGGCAACUCUACUUUCAGGACUACUGUUAGGACUCUGCAUGAUAUUUUUGGCAGAUUGCCUUUGUCCUUCAAAACGACGUAGACCACAGCCCUACCCUUCAAAGAAAUCAUUGCCAGGAUUUUCUCAGCCUUUAAAAAACACGGAAGAACACGAAGCUGAUGAAAACAUUUCAGAAGAAGAAGCCAAAAAUGGAAAAGCUGAGAAAGACUUUGUACAGCCGAAUGCCCUGAGACAGCGUGUUGUUGACCCAUCACAGGCCCCAGAUCAGUCCUAGUUCAUUUUUAUACACCUGAGUGCUAUAAUUUUGACAGAAACAAACAAAAAAGGACCAUUUCAGUUGGUUUGAAGUGAACUGUGACUUGUGUGUAAUCAGGGUCCAGUCUGGCUUAUCAUUCUUUGAACAGUCUUUGGGAAAUAAAAGCACUAGUUAUAAAAGUUUGAUUUAAGGACAGCUUGGUAGUUUCAGCAGCUCUCAAAUUUUGGAGAAAUCUAGUGCCAAGCAAUAAGAUUUGUGUGUUUUCUAAUAACUCGUUUGAAGUCUGAGUUGAAACAAAUUAUGUUUCUCAAGAAUUAUAUUAUGGGGUAUUUAAGAAGCUUAGGUUAGAGAAAAAGAUUUCUCAUUUGAUAUAACUUUUUUCUGUUUCACUGUGUGAAAACAAAGAACGUAUUUCCCAUACAUGGGAACUUUUCCCAUUGUCUCAAGAGUAUUUCAAUAACAAUUGUGGUGGUUUCAGAGACACAGUUUCUUAUUUUUAGAUGAUGUACCUAGUAAUAACUACCUUAUCUUAAUUAUGAUUUUGUACUCGUGGUAAUAAAAGAGAUGCUACUACCUGCUGAUCAGGGAAGUCAUUGGAAGUCCCUGGAGCCCUCAGUUCUCACAGCUUGUCCCCCUGUUGUAUGUACCUUGGUUGCCACGGGUAACCUCUUUCAAAUGAUGUGAACAAUAUCACUGUCUUUUACUAUGGGACCCAUAAUCCUAUUGUUUCAAACUAAGGUUGACUGAGGGCGCCACCAAAUUAAUUUGUUGAUACUUUAAAAUUUUGGCUGUUAAUUUCACCUUGGUAUCUUUUUGUUGAAAACACCUAUUUUCAUUUUCUGUUUUAUGGUUGUUGAAAGUAAGCAUUCCGUGUGUGUGUGUGUGUGUGUGUGUGUGUGUGUGUGUGUGUGUGUGUGUAAGAGCCUUGGUAUCUUACAUUUUGAAAAUUCACAGUUUAAUUUGAUAUAAAAUAAAGUUUGCAUUCUGCUCAGGAAAAAGCAUCUUUUAGUACAUGUUUUCAGUGUAUCUUUGUCCUUAUGUACAGAUGUGAUCAUUGAUGUAACACGUAGUUUAUGUUUGAUGUUUUAAAGUUGUAACUUGUGUUAAAAUGACACACCUCUUAUUCUGCUACUGAUAUUGCAUGGCACUUCACAUUUUGCCAUCAGCAGGUUGCAGUGUAAUUUAUUUUCACUCCUAAUGAGUUAGCACAUUGUUUGCACUGUACAGUUUAGAAGGAGUGUGGUGGAUUGCCACCAGAAGGGGGGAGAAACGUAAAUACUCAGGGUGAAUCACCAGACUGUUAUGCCAUAUAAUGUACAAGUUUCUUUUUAGAGGUCUCUCCUUUAGAAUAUUAAAUAUUUACCAUAUAGGAGUUUGGAUGUGUAAUUGCAAUGCCUUAGAAAAAUACUGUAAGUGUGAAGUAUACUUUUGUAAACACUUCAGUGAUAGGACUGGUAUGAUUGCUUGUUAUGUAUUUGAAAGUAGACUUGAUUUCUUUGUAUUUAUUAGCCAUGUUCAGUUAAACAAAGUAGUAUAUGGGAGUAUUUUAAAAAGUUCAUAGAAUAUGGAACAAAAAAAAAUUACGGUAUGAAAUUUUUUUGAAAUCUUGCGUACAAAGGAUCUUCAAGAAGUACAUAGAAAGUGCAUAUAAUGGAAAAACUAUGCCUGGAUUGAAAAAUUUAGACACUGAAAUCAUCUUAAGUUUCAUUCAAUUCAGUUUUCCGUGAAUUUCCUGACCCUUGUUAUGUAGACUUUAUGUGUGUAAUCAAACACUUAGAGUCCUUUUGUUGCUUACCAUGGUGGAAGAAAUAAUACCCAAAACUGUUCUGUUUUCUAGUUGUGUUAUGUAUGUAUUUUCAGGGUUUUACUUAGAAAGUAAUGUGUUACAGAAAAUUAAAGGCAGGCUAUAUUAGGGUGUUUAUGUUUCAGAAAACAUCUUAGAUUUGAAAGAUUGUUAUGUAGAUAUCUGAAUAAUUUUCUCUUCAUACCAUCAGCACAUCAUUUACAUAUAGUCAAGGAGUGAGACGCAGUGAGUUAAAUGCUGGUGAAUUCUUGUAUACUCUAUGUAGUUGAUAUGUUCUCUUAAAGAUUUAAAAACUCUGGUAUGUAGUAGAAAAUGCAGUAUUGAAAAUACAGUGUUUUAUGACUUUU